GUUAAUGCUGUACUGCAGUUGCGCUAACCGGGCAUCCCGUCCGACCAACCCGCUCUCGUCUCUCGCUGCUACAAUCAAUUUUAUAUAUACAUAUAUAAAGGGAAAACUGCGAAUUUGCCGAACAGCUGAUCUGGCUCCAGGCGCGCUCGUCGAGGCCACCGCUGCUGCCUAUAUAAUACUGCUGCUGCUGCUACUGUCGCCGCCGCCGCCCUCGACUCUCCCUAGAUCCCCGUCUCGUUUUGUUAGUACACUUGCCCAGUUCCGAUCAUUGACGGCAGAGCGAAAAACACGGAGCAUUUUUUCCCAGGCGAGUCGUACCGGCUUUGAUCUCGAUUCCCCGUCGACAUAACGCGCGACAACAACAAUAAUUCAGUCGUCGCGACCGAUAUAGCAUACAUUGCUCCGACUUGCUUUUUACCUGUGCUGUUGUGCCUCGCGAAUCCCCGGCCUAUUGUUUGCACGUGUGCUGCGCUGUGUGCCCUGCGUGCGAGACCAGAGACCACCUCGCACAGACAGCCUUGCAGCAGUUGAGUAAGUAGCUCAUAUACGGUAUACGGUACAUAGUAUACAAAAAGUUGGAGUACCAUGGCCGACCGGGACAGCGCAUCGGAAAGUGACUCGAGCUCGAUCGACGGGGGCCCGAUUAUGAUGCCCCCGUCGCCGGUGACCAGGGAGCAGCUCCAGAAGCGAAUCGAGUCCCUGCAGCAGCACAAUCGCGUGCUCAAGGUCGAGCUGGAGACCUACAAGCUCAGGGUUAAGGCGCUCCAGGAGGAGAACAAAAAUCUCCGCCAAGCUUCCGUUAUCAUCCAAGCAAAAGCAGAACAAGAAGAAGAAUUCAUCAGCAAUACUUUGCUGAAAAAAAUUCAAGCUUUGAAGAAAGAAAAAGAAACUCUGGCUCAUCAUUAUGAGCAAGAAGAAGAGUGCCUGACAAACGACUUGUCCAAAAAAUUAAAUCAGCUGCGUCAAGAGAAAUGCAGAUUGGAACAAACUUUGGAGCAGGAACAGGAAUGUUUGGUCAACAAAUUGAUGAGGAAAAUUGAAAAAUUAGAGGCUGAAACAUUAGCAAAACAAUCAAAUUUGGAACAGUUGAGAAGAGAAAAAGUUGAAUUGGAAAAUACACUUGAGCAAGAACAAGAGGCCUUAGUCAACAAAUUAUGGAAGCGAAUGGAUAAGCUUGAAGCUGAAAAAAGAUCUCUUCAAAUUAAAUUAGAUCAGCCUGUAUCGGACCCUACUUCACCUAGAGACUUGAAUAAUGGAGACACUGCAACUAAUCUUACUUCACAUAUUCAACACUUGAGAAGUGAAGUCGCCAGAUUGAGACACACGCUUUUAAUGUCACAACAAGAGCAUACUGAAAAAAUGCAAAGAUACGUUAAUGAAGAAAAACACGUUCGUGAGGAAAAUAUUAGACUUCAAAGGAAACUGCAACUUGAAGUGGAAAGACGUGAAGCUCUGUGCAGGCAUUUAUCGGAGUCUGAAUCUAGCUUGGAAAUGGAAGAAGAACGUCAUUACAAUGAAUCAGUGCACAGCAUAGUAGGUGGAGGUAAUAGAGCAAGAGCUGUAUCUAGCCCAGUACCAUAUAAUCCUUCACCCAGCUGUUCAAGACCAUUAAGUCCUGGAACUCUUUUGGUUGGUUCCACAUAUCGUGAGAACUUGAAUGCUAAUCGUUGUUAUGCUUGCGGACAGCCAACUAAUAUGUCAUUUGGUGGAAGUUCACCUCCGCAAGGAGGUCACGUUCUGGGAUCAUCUAAUAGACGUGCAACAGAUAGAUUUGUCAAGCCGGCAAUUCCGCCAACUCUAGUGAGCCCAGGGGGUCCAUCAAUGCCCACCGCACAAGCAAAUCCUAUGGGCAGUUGUCCUAUGGACAUUACCAAAACAUAAGUUUUCGGUUCAAAAUAAUUUAUCUGCCAAGAUUUUCUUCAUAUUUUACGUGUAAACACGACAAUUUAAAGGUACUUGAUUAUAAUUUAGUUUUUUAAAAGUUUAUUUAACAUAAAUUUCGUCUCACUUCGAUGCGUUAUAAAUUAAAUUUUUUUUAAUCAACUUUCCAACUGACGAAAUUUCUCAAUUCAAAUUACUUUUGAUAUUUAUCAAAUUCAUCUCACUUGUUUUUGUAAAUUUCUUAGACUUUAUUUUUUAUUUUCAUUUCAUUACAAUUUCUCAAUUGAUGCAGUAAAAUUUAAAAAGACUUUAAAAUUUGGUUUUCUUAUUGUUAUCGAUCUUUCUACAUUAAAUAUUUAAUUAUAUCAUCAUAUUUGAGCUUCGUAAUAUUUUGUAUUUAUAUUUAAGUUUAAAUAAUGGAUAAUCAAGAAUAAAUGCAUUGAGUAUGUAAAACUCUUUGACGAAAUAAAUACCACAAAACCGCAAGUUAGCUUUUUUUCUGAAAUGAUUUUCAAUUUGUGUCGGAAAAUAUUUCAGGAACAUUCUCAUGAAUCUACGUAAUUUUUAUAUGAUCAAUAGAAAGCAAUAUUACAAUUUUAUUUCCGCACAAUUUGCAACCAAUUUUAUGUAAAGUAUAAGGGACGGGGUGUGGAAGAUAAUGUAAUUAUUUUUUAAAAAUAUUUUUUGUGAUUUAAGGAAUGUAAUGUGAGUAAAUUACUAUUUAUUAACUAUAAUAUCAAAAGUAUCACAUACGUUAACUUUGCAUAUUAAAUUUCAAAAACUGAUAGAAGGCUUCAACAUA